GGCGGAAGGUCUUGUUUGUGUUUUGGUUAAGGGGAAGUUGCGAGAAGAAAGAAAAAGGAGGAGACGUGACGGGGUUGUUGAAAUUGAUUUUCUCGGUUCCCCCCUGCCCACCACCACCACCGGCACCACCUCAUCGCGGUGUCCCUGGUCCCGUGCGUGAAACCCCACAGCGGCGGCGUUGGAAAGUUACCCCCAUCGUCUGGCUCUCAGUAGGCGUCCUGAUAGUGAGGUUUGGCACACAGGACACCAGGCGAUCUGACUUGGUCAUGGCCAAUCGGGGAGGAGCUACGAGACCCAAUGGGCCCAACGCAGGGAACAAGAUCUGUCAGUUUAAGCUGGUGCUGUUGGGGGAGUCAGCUGUUGGAAAGUCCAGCUUAGUGCUUCGCUUCGUCAAGGGCCAGUUCCAUGAAUUCCAGGAGAGCACAAUAGGAGCGGCCUUUCUCACUCAAACAGUGUGUCUAGAUGACACAACAGUGAAAUUCGAAAUCUGGGACACUGCAGGCCAGGAGCGUUACCACAGCUUGGCACCCAUGUAUUACAGAGGAGCACAGGCUGCCAUUGUGGUCUACGACAUCACAAACGAGGAAUCCUUUGCACGGGCUAAGAACUGGGUGAAGGAGCUGCAGAGACAAGCCAGCCCAAAUAUCGUCAUCGCUCUGUCAGGCAACAAAGCUGACCUAGCCAGCAAGAGAGCUGUCGACUUCCAGGAUGCCCAGUCCUACGCAGAUGACAACAGCUUACUUUUCAUGGAAACAUCAGCUAAGACUUCUAUGAAUGUGAACGAGAUAUUUAUGGCUAUUGCAAAGAGAUUGCCGAAGAGUGAGCCCCAGGCUGUAGGACCAAACACCACACGCACCCGGGGAGUGGACCUGACAGAGGCCGCCCAGCCAGCCAAGGCUCCGUGCUGCAGUAACUAACGUGAAGAACGCCUUCCCUCCAACCAACUUGUACAGCAGUAGCUAAUGCGACUGAUGCCCUGACUGCCAGUGCAGUUACUAAUGCAAUGUGUUGUACUCUUAUCUCCACAUCUCUGAACGGCAAAACGAGAAAAGAUGCCAUGUGCCCAAUCGUUUUUUUCAGUGUAGCGAAGUCAACUCCAUUACACUGAUCUCUCUUUUCCUACAUCGUGGAUCUGCUGGUACCUGUUGAAGCCUCCUUACCAUCCACUCUUCCUUUCUGUCAUCUAGCUUUUUGCGUCCAUCAGUUCUUACUGAUAGAAUCAUCUUCCUUCGAACAUGUAGAUGUGGGAAGUGACCACUUCCCUUUUCUUGGAUAGCUUUAGACAAAAAAUCAAAAACACAAAUCAUCUGUUUUUGUCAAUUUUUUGAUAAUUUUUUGCUAGAAGUAAGUCAGAAUAGUGUAAGCACAUAUCUCUAUACUCACAUGGCCUAAAGUGGAGAAACGGCAGCAGCCCAGCAAAAAGUCAAUCGGAGAAGAGGAGUGUAUUAAUAAUGCGAGGAAACCUUUAUUUGGAAUAAAAAAAAAACAGCUGUGGACUGUAGUCCUUUUAGAUUCCCUCUAUCUGACUGCCCUCUGCCUGUCCACGUCCUCUCCCCACUAAACCCAAAGUAGCACUAGUGUACAUUCUCUUCCACCCUUGUAGGCUCUAUUCCGGGGCCAUGCCGGCUUCUAGCUGUCCCCAGUGGCAUUGUGCAAUUUUUCGCAGUCUUAAGUCUGUGAGUUUAAGUGUCAGGACCCGUGCAGAAGAGCAGAGCCCCCUGCUACACCCAGCUUUCUCCACAACAAGGCGCAGGGGGGUCUCUGAGCAACUCGCCAGUGUCACCGCCCCUCCACCUCCUCGUGCAGUGUCCUUUCAUAAAUCUUGUGUAGAUCACCCCUCCGUGGUCAUACUGGGAUCUCGUGGGUUUCUGCCCUUGGAUGAGUUAGUUAACGCAGGUGAACUUUACUGUGCCGUAGAUAUUGAUGGACGGCUGCUGGGGUUGCACAGGGGCAAAAAGCUAUGGUCAUGGUAGCGAGCACGGGGUUGCAAUAUGUCUGUUUGCUUCAUAAUCACCUUUUGAACUGUUAAUUAUUUGUCAUCUCUUGAUAAGGAAGUGCUUUAGACACGGUCAUGUGUCGCUGUGUACAAACUGGGCCUGGCUGGCUGGUGACAGAUCUCAUCCAUUGACUUACUCACACGUGCCCGUUUAUGUUCGAACACAUACAAAUCUAAAUUUCCCCUUUGAACUCUGUGUGACCUAAACAUUAUUGUACAUAAGUGCACACACAAAUACAUGUAGUCUGUUACAGUACCACCUCACAACAUAUUAAUGUUGUAUUUUUUUUGUCUACCCCCCCAACUAUACAUCAUUGUUAUAUACACACGCACUCACACUCAUAACUCUUUUUACAGACCUGUCUUACUCAUGCCUUGCACUAAUGAUGCUCAUGAAUAUAUCUUGUCAUUAUUACAGCCAGUGUGAUAUAAAUAUAUAUAAAUAAAUAUAAAUAUAUAAAUAAUAUACUGUAAAUAGGGUGUUGCAGUGUAGUCUACCUUCUUUGAUUUACCAGUGACCGGACUAAUGCUUGCUAGGGAGCUGUCUAGAUAAUCAUUAAAAAAAACUGUACAGUUGGACAAAAAAACAACAAAAAACAGCUUUGGAGUUUUGUUGCUGUUCCUUAUCCACACAAAUGGUUAAGUGGUAAUCAGUGGCGGUCUUUAUAAAUGUAUGUAGUGUUAUAAGAAGAAAAAUGAAAUUGCAUUUAUUUAGUCAUCUGUCUUGUACCUUUUUGUUUUCCCUCACAAGAAAAUGAUAACACUCUAUUUGGAUUUCACUAAUGGUUUUGGUUUGUAGUGGUAUCAUGCUGCGAUUCCUUGUCCGGCUCUCCUCCACCUGUAGUUAGAUCUGAACCUCCAGAGGCUCCUCAAAGCUCCAGAGGAGUCGCACACGAUACAAAACAGUUUGGUUAACCAGCCGUCUGCCCCACCAUAACAUCUCAGUAACCUUGUGACCAUAUUGUAGCAAACUUUUAACAACUGUCAACCAGGGAUCGAUGGUGAUUCAUGAGUAGAUUAGUUAUGAAUUAACACGUAAUGGGGACGUAAAUUGUAUGGUUUUGUUUUUUUGCCACGAACACUUAAUUGCAGCAGAAAAACCUAGAAAUACAAGCGUUUUACAGUACUGUUAUGUAAUGACCAAAUAAAUACUGAAAUAAAGUGGAUCAUUUAUUAUUUUAA